CCUCACCUCGCUUCAUUCAGCUCAGCUCUCCUCUCACCUCGUGUCUCACCCCCUCCGCUGACCGCCACCACCUACCUCGUAUCGCCGGGUGCUUCCAUAUUCGCAUUGCUGACCGCCGCCGCAAGCAUCUCGUACAUCUUCAAUUCUCCAGCAGCAGGCGGCUGGUCCUCUUGCUGCUGCCAUCUACGCAUCUAUCGCUAAAUCAACUAUUAAGGCGUUGCACAUCUCCUCGCAUCGCAUCAUCUUCACCUUCAUCGCCAUCACCACCAUUGCCAUCAGCAUCACCAUGCGCCACGCCUUCAUCCUAGGCGGCCUCUCCGGCCUCGCCCUCGCCUCCUCCUCCUCCUCCUCCUCCCCCAUCACACCCUCAUCACCACCACACACCGAUCCAUUAAGCAGCGCCAGCGAGUUCAACUGGUCCUCCAUCACGCCGUCCCGAAACCUCAGCUUCCACGCCUGCUACGGCGGCGACUUCCACUGCGCCCGCCUCGUCCUCCCCCUCGACUGGACAGCCGUCAACGCCUCGCACGACGACGACGACGACGACAACACCCGCGCCAUCGCCCUCGCCAUCAUCAAGCUCCCCGCCACCGUCCCGCCCACCCACGCCGCCUACGCCGGCCCCCUCUUCACCAACCCCGGCGGGCCCGGCGGCUCCGGCGUCAGCUUCGUCCGCGCCUUCGGCCAUCGCCUGCAGAGCAUCGCCUCCAUCCCCGGGCAGGCGCACUACGACAUCAUCUCCUUCGACCCCCGCGGCAUGGCCAACAGCUGGCCCCGCGCCGACUGCUUCCCCGGCGAUGGCAGUGACGGUCUCGUCACCCGCGAUGCCAUGCUCCUGCAGGCGCGCGGCAGCGGCGCCCUCGACUCGGGUCCCGGCGCCGUGCCCUUUCAGCUCGGCCUGCAGGAGGGCUUCGGCCAGCGUUGCCGCGACGCCGAGGAGAGCGGGCUCAACGGCGGGCAGAUCAUGGCGUACAUGAGCACCCCGAGCGUAGCGCGCGACAUGGUGGCGAUGGUCGACAAGCUUGACGAGCUGCACAAGCGAGAGGUUGGGCGGGAUGCUGCCGGCGACGGCGAGGAUGAUCGCCUCGAGCUCAAGAAGCGUCAUGGAGCCGAUGGUCACGAUAACGACUACGAUGACGUCCCGCGUCUGCAGUACGUGGGCUUCUCAUACGGCACAUUGCUCGGCAAUUACUUUGCCUCUCUCUUCCCCGAGCGCAUCGGCCGCCUCGUCCUCGACGGCGUGUGCGACGCCAACGACUAUGCCUCCGGCCCCGGUUGGCUCACCAGCACACUCAACGCCGACGACAUCGUCACCUCCUUCUUCUCCGGCUGCCACACCGCCGGCCCCUCCACCUGCGCCCUCUCCCGUCCCUCCGACUCGUCCGGCGAGUCCAUCCGCGCCCGUCUGCACGAUUUCAUACAAAAGAUGGACGACCGUCCCCUCGUUGUGCCCCUCCCUAGUGAAGGGAGCAGCAGCAGCAGCAGUAGCAGCAAUGUAGCGGUCCUUACUGCGAACGACGUCCGGCGCGUCAUGUCCAACGCCAUCUACAAGCCCAUUCAGCAGUUCCGGCCCCUCGCCUCUGCCCUCGACGGCCUCAUGAGCGGCCGCAACGCCACCGCCUUCGCCGCCCUCGUCGCCGCCGCGUCCCUCGUCCCCCGCCUCCGCGACGCCUGCGCCUUCAACGGCUCCGACCCCUCCUCGCCGCAGUCCCUCGCCGUCGACCGCCGCGAGGCCGGCUCCUCGGUUCUCUGCGCUGACGGCGACGACGUCACCGCCAAGGACACGGCCUGGUGGCGCCGCUAUGUCGCCGAGCAGGUCUCCCUCUCGUCCCUCAUGGGCGCCUACUGGUCCACCAUCCGAUUCUCCUGCUCCGCCUGGCGCUUCCGCUCCAACUGGUCCUUCAAGGGGCCCUUCACCACCCCCGAGCCCGUCACCACCCCCGACGGCCGGCCCGUCAAGGGCAAGCCCGCCGCUCCCAUCCUCUUCCUCUCCAACAGCCUCGACCCCGUCACGCCCCUCAGGUCCGCCCGCGCCAUGGCUGCUGCCCACCCGGGCGCCCGCCUCGUUAUCCAGGACGCCCUCGGCCACUGCGCCCUCGCCACCGCCGACAGCACCUGCACAAAGCGCCUCGUCGCCCACUAUCUCGCCACCGGUAAGGUCCCGUCCGACGAAGAGACCGACUGCCGUGACACCACCUGCGGGCCUUGGGAUGAAGGUUGCGAGCUCGACCACCUCAAGCAGUCGCUCGGCGCCUUUGGCCAGCCCGAUCAUGGAGACAGGCAGCAUUACCCCUUGGGCAUCUGAGGCAUUUUCCAGCAUACAAAAACCAGUCGCAGGAAACCUUCCAAGUUCCAUAGAUUUCAUACCUAGCCAAGUCAUGUCGUUUUCUCA